AUGGAUUUAUUAUUAUAUAUAACAAGGACGGAUGGAUCUAAAUAUCUUGCAGUAGGAGCUCUUGGUAUUGGCGCAACAAAUGCUGGUAAAAAAGUGAUGGUAAGAGGAUGGCUUCGUGAUAAAGAUGUUUCUAUUUCUUUACCCAAUAUCUUUGAGUUGGAACCCUCCUCAUAUUUGAGAAAAUCAUAUGAACAUUUCCUAGUUGUUGACAAGCCAGAAUAUGACUUAGUUUUGGGAA